UUAAAUAUCGUGUAUAUAUAUAUGUAUAUACCGUACACACGGAAUUCAGUUUGACUCGUUUUCUCAUCCAAGAGAGAAAAAUGAAAAAAAGGAGAAACGAAGAGAAAGGAAUACGAAAUUCUCCGCCGUGUAACGCGAGAAUGUCUGGAAAGUCGAGGUUUGUUGUUGUUGUUGUUGUUAUUAUUAUAAUGUUGUUGAUUUUUUUUUUGACUUUUUUUUUUUUGUUUCAUUUCUUUCCCGCACGGUACAUAAAUUUCAAAUCUUUCCCCAUCGCCGCGUCUUUUGGAUUCUGAUUCCGCGUGUUGCCAGAGAUAUUCAUACUUUUUCGUGAAAUUGUCUCCUUCGUCUCAUGGCGAGUAGGGUUUUCUACCCGGAGUUGGAUAGGGAGGGGACGGGGUCGAGACCCCGCGACGUGGCGUCGGGACGCCUCGCGUCUUUGGCUCCCCGUAUCUUUUCUGCCAAGUGUCAGUCUACGCCCCUUUUCUCAAACGUGGGGGAUGUAUUAGGUAUAUGCAUGUAACGCGUACGUGAAAUAUGCACGCGUGCAAAAUCCGGUUCGCAAAUAAUCAAUUUCCCUCAUUCAACGACGAACAAUUUCGCACUCUACUGUGAGGGUUAAUUUUUUUUUUUUUUUUUCAAUUUUAAAUGAAGUCGAAAAUUCCGGACCGCCGCGUUUUGGUGUUAUUUUUUUUCUUCUCCGACGUCGGUAUCGAAUCGGCGGUGAUUUUCAACUUUUGAAACGGUCAAUUCUACGAUAAGCGAUUCUGCUGGAAUAAUUCAAUCCAAGAGGCAAUAAUUUUCUUCAACGGGGGGGAGAGAAAAACCCGGGGCGAGUCGUAAUAUGAAUCACGUUUCUCCCUCCAUUUUCCUCUUCCUUUUCCUCUCUUUCUCUUUUAUUUUUUAUUUCAUUUUUUUUUUUUUUUCUCCGCCUUUUCCGUUCCACUCUCUGGACCUCUCCCAAGUAAAAAAUAUACACCCUGUACGUACGUUACACACAUUACGGACGCGCGUAUAUACCUAUACAUACGUACAUCCCCAUCCCCGUACACUAUAUAUAUUCAGUGAAUUCUUAUAUUUAUAUGAAUCCCCUGCCCUCGUUUUCUACUAUCCCCAGUUUUCUACGUCGCUGGAUUCCGGCUCGUAUUUAUACCGGCUAAUGGAAACCGCCGGACGCGGCACAAUGGUCAAACUGAACGGAGUUACGAGAAGAGAGAGAGAUGAUUUACAGCCAUUCUGACUUCGGAGAUGCAUUUCAUAUUCGAAACUGAUGUAUCCCUGAGGCGUUCCGAGUGCGCCGACAUCGUCGAAGAUUGAACGAUCCGAGAAAUGAAUCCGAAUCCGGGAACUGAUUGGAGAAGACCGUCGUUCGAAGCGUAAGGCAAAAAAAGAAAAAGAAAAAAAAAAAAAAACCGCGCAAAGAAUCGGAGGAAACUGGCAAAACGAAAAAACAAACGUCCUGAGAAACGUACAUCGAUCACGGGGGCGUGUACACGCAAGUAUUUCCAUAUAAUGAUUUAUAAGACGCGUUUCGUCUGACGGAAUUACGCGAGCGCUGCACGCGAUUUUUCCAUCCAUUUUUUUCUAUUUAUUUAUUUAUUUAUUUAUUUAUUUUUUUUUUUCGCAAAUUUAUUUCACGUGCAGCGUGGUGCGCAACGAACUCUCCCAGUUCCCGAGGGAAUGGGACCGAAUGAAAAUAGGUUGACGUUUGCAACGAUCUUUUCGCGUCAGCUGACAAUAAUUAGCUGCACAUACGUGGUGCGAUGCGAGUAAUUCAUCGAUCGGAAAGCACCGGAAGUCGAUCGUAAUUUCUUAUCGUUCGUCCGCCUCGUUUUACCGAAAUAUCGUACACUCCGUAGAAACAACGGUUUGCCGCUUUUUUUCCCGAUCGCUUCGAAAAAAAAACGAUCGUUCGCCGCAGCGGUGCCGCAGCGCGAUUUCCGUCACGCUGCCAAGUUCGGAAAGGUGAUAAAGAUUUCUAUAAUUUUUCUGCGCGAUAUCUUCGCAUCGGCGCGUCCGCAAUGGACCCGCCGAAUCCAGCUGCAACAAGGGGGAUUCGCGGCGCCGCGACGACGCGCGUCCUCGGGGGCGUCGAGUGCGUUAAAAGUCGAGAUGUGUGUGUGUACGCGAGUCGUCGGGACCGCUCGACUCUUCCGGCGGUUUUUUUCUUCCCUUUACGCUUAAUAUUUCUGCAUCGACGUUCCCAUUGAGAAUGAAAAAUACAAGGCGAAAAUAUUAUUUAUAGCCCGUGAAAUCGCGUAGCCGGAGAGGAAAGGGUAAGAAGGAAAAAAGAAAAAAAGAAAGAAAGAAAAAAAAAAACAGCAGAGGAAAAGAAACGUGAGGAGAGCGCGGAAUUUUCACAGUAGCUGGGGGGGGGGGGGGGAGGGUAGCAAUAAAAUGAUAUUCUCCCCGAGUUCGAGCGAUCGUCAAAUCUCGAAUUACGUUUACAUUAUCCGAUCAGUACGAACGAUGAAGAAAACGAUCGAUUUCAUUGAAAGUUUCCGGAGAGUUUGAGAAAAAAAAAAAAAGAACGCGUUCGAUUCUCCGGUGGGUGAGACGACGAAGUACGCGCCGGCGAAUUCGAAAACAGCGCGGCUUGUCGCCAUCUGAUUUCAAAACACCGAUACAAGGCGAUGCGGGUUGAGUACGGUCAGCACCGCCUGCGUUGCACACUUUUUCCACGCGACUCGGUAUCGUCCGCUUCGCGUUCUACGCGUCUCGCGGACAAAGAUGGUUUCUUUUAUUUUUCCAUCGUCGUAAUCGUUGGCCGGUAGACGACGAUCGGAAUACCGCGCAAAAGCUUCGGAGAUUUCGCCGGUCAAGGAUUCGCUUUCGGGAACGCGCGCUGAUCUACGUUAUUGCGACGCGUCCAAUAGUUGACCUCUGGACGCGUUCGAGCCGAGGAUUCAAUCGCUAAUAUUUGACCCAUAGUAAUCGCGGUAUAACGGUAAAACGUCGAUGAGAAAAUGGUGUGAAUAUCACAGUGGUAGGGCAGAUGUGCACGAAAACUGGAAGCUUCUUCGAAACACCAAACCGCACCUGCGGCGGCUACCCGGGAUGAGAUUGUUUACCGAUCGGGAUUUAGAUCGGGAUCGAAAUCGAGAUUGGGCGCUACUUCGGCAGCUUCUCAGGGGAUGAUCGGUUGGAAAAUCUCUGAUCUGCGAUCGCUACCGUCGAGCAAAAGGAGCUGGGGGAAGUUCUUAUGGAAUGGCAGCCGGGCGGUGGGCGCUACGGGCGCAAUUCGUGGCGGUAAUGGUGGCCGUUGUGAGGGGCGUCAGUGGUCUUUGUCCGGCUCGUUGUAGGUGCGACGACGAGUUUUUGAGGGUUUCGUGCGUUUCGGCGGGACUGGACGUUGUACCGAUUCAGCUGAACCCGGAAAUACGUCACAUAGACCUAGCCGAUAACAAGGUGGCGAAUCUCCACCUGACGUUCGGUUUUUACGGUAACCUCGAGACCCUCGAUCUCAGUUUCAAUCUGGUCCACACGUUGGGAUCGGACAAUUUUAAUCUUCAACAAAAUUUGCUAUCGUUAAAUCUCAGCUUCAACUCCGUCCAAACGAUAUCGAAAAACGCUUUUCACGGUCUCAACGCUCUGAAAGAACUCGACCUAAGCGGUAACAAUAUAACGGAAAUCGACCCGCAGGCGUUGAGGUUUACCAGCGAAUUGGAAUCACUGAAUUUGAGCAGAAACUCGCUCACCAGCCUUCCCGAUGGUCUGCUAAAAAAUCUUCACAGAAUACGGACACUCGUACUGAACAGAAACCCCCUGCUGGAAGCACCCGCCAACAAUCUCGUCCUGGCGCCCAGUCUGGAGAAUCUCAAUCUAGCCGACAAUCUUAUCCAAGAACUGGACAGGGACUCGCUCUCCUCCCUCCCCUCCCUCGUUUACCUGGACCUAGCUAACAACGUGAUAAGAAGUAUAAGCGAGGACGCGUUCGACCGGCUUCCGGGUCUCCUGCACCUCGAUUUAUCCGGCAAUAAUUUGACCUCGGUGCCGGGUUUACCGUUAGGAAAAUUAACGAUGUUAUCCACCCUGAUACUGAGCAGAAAUCCCCUCGGCAACGUCGGCACGGUGGCAUUCCGAAAUUUGUUCGAAUUGCGCCGAUUGGAAUUGGAAGAGUGUCUGAUAUCGAAUAUCGACGGCAGAGCGUUCGCGGACAAUAUAAACUUGGAGAGGAUAUCGCUGGACGGAAACGUCGAACUGGAGGAACUGCCGGGUCGGAUUUUAUACGGCGCUCGUUAUCUGAAGUCCGUUUCGCUACGUAGGUGCGCUUUGUCUACGCUGCAACCGACGCAAUUUCCGGUCGAUAAUCUGGCAACUCUUCGGGCCGGAGGCAACCCGCUGUUAUGUAACUGCUCGAUACAGUGGUUGUGGAACGUAAUCAGGUCGGAGGAGCACCGAAACGAAUCGCGUCUGAAGGUCGACUCGUCGGACAUAAUAUGCGCGGACGAGGAGUUCAAGGGUAAGCCGCUGAUAUCCCUUUCGGAGAGCUCCCUGCGAUGUCAUCUGAGCCCCUUAUACCUAUCGCUCUUCGCCGCCGGUUGUCUGAUAACAACCGCGGCUAUCCUCGCCCUGAUCGUCUACGUGACAAAGUCCCGAAGGCGGAAACAGCCGGCUUACACCGUACCGCGACCGGAACUCCUCGUCUACGUUGGUCAGGGGAAUUGCAACGGUCAGCUCGGCAAGGAGACGGAUCCUUACGGCGGCCGACUGUUAACCCAUCUGGAACAAUCCCAGCGUCAUCCUCAUCAAAGUAAAUCCGGUCGAUGGGACCAGCCGCCCCCGCGUCCUUCGCGACGACCCAGGGACUGCAGAGAGGAGGGUGAAAUUUACGAAACCCCUUCCCCGUACCAGCGUCCCCCCGUCGGAGUACCAAUUACGCGUUCCCGAAGGACCAACGACUCGCCGGAUCCUUUGUACGCGACACCGUCGCCCUGCGCUGGUGCGGCCGGAAGUUUGCACGGUCUCGAAGAAGAAGAGGCGCCGGAAGUACUUUCGCUUUAUCACAUGCAAGGCUCAAACGACAGACAAGGUUUUCCAAAUUACGACGCUCCGUUUCAUCAUCACAAACAAAAGCCUCACGUCGUAUUCGUCUGAUCGGUCCCUGUAACAAUUGCUCAUUACCGCUCAUAUAUUUCCUUCAUUUCGCUCAUUUAUAUAUCAUACACACACACACCGCGAUGCAGUGAAUGUAAAUAAUUAUGUGAAUUGAUAAGAAUUAAUAGAUGAGAAAAUAUGAACAAUAAUGUUAAUGAUAGUAAUGAUGAUAAUAAUAAAAAAAUAAAAUCGAAAUGGCGAAAAAAAGUUAUUCUAAACUAAACCGCUUAUCUAGGUAUAAUCGAACAACUAGCAUGAUAAAAAUAGCUAUUAGAUCGAUACCCUGCACAUUAACGGUGGUAAGAAAAAAAAAAAUAUAUAUAUAUAUAUAUAUAUACAUAAUUGCAGAAACUGCAAUUUCACGAUUAUGAUUGAUGAAAAAUAAAAAUGAAAAUGAAAAUAAUAAAAAUCCAAGUACAUAUAUAUAUAUAUAUAUAGAAAUAUAAAAAGCCAAUAACGCGAUUAAAAUAUUCAAUAUAAUAAUUUAUACCGAUUGGGAUUGAUAACGUGAUUCAGCGCCUGUUCAGAGAUAUCGAUACCGUAUAAUUAGGAUUAUUGGAGGAAUACCAAUAGAUGGUGCCAAUUUCAAUCAAUUGACAAAAAUAGAUGUAUUGAAUUUGCUUUUUUUUUCUUCCCUGUCAAUUCAAUGUAGUACCCUUCAAACUUUUCCGAUACUUUGAAAAAACCCUGCAUCCACGCUUUAUCGUACCAUAACUGAUUCAACAAUUAAUCUUCGUCCAAGUAAAUACUAUACUCACAUAAAAUUACUGAUAUGUAUUGUGUAACGUAGUUAUACUCUAAAUACGAAAGAAAUAAGAAAAAAAAAACAUUUAUUACUAUUAUUAACGCUGCACGGUACUCAUUAUACCUACAAAGCCUACCUAUAUGUAUAGCUUCUGCUAGAUUGUCGUACCAUUCUAAUUGUUCUGUAGUAUCUACUUGAAAAUUUACCUAUAUACGUGCCAAAACAAAGAUAAAGACCAAGAAAACAAGGAACGUUAAAUCCUAUCUGAACAAAAAAAAAAAAAAUGAAUAAAAUAAAAUAUAUGUAUAAUGUACUUUGAUAGAAAAGAGAUUUUCAAUCACGCAAUGAAUUUGUUUCGAUUUGAAAUGUUGAUUUCUUCCCUUGUCUUAUUCGUUAUUACCGAGACUAGAAAACUGAACUCGAAUUUUUGCUAAUAUAAAUGUACACAUAAUUAGUAUAUUAUAAUAACAGAAUAACGAUAACAAUUAGAUUCGUCGAUGUAGUUGAGAUUAUUUAAACUAUAAUUAGAUUAGAUUAGAUAUUAUAAUAAUUAUGGUCAGCGACAUUAGAAACAAAUUUUGUUACUUCAAUUAUCGUUACGUUUCAAAAUGGGAACAUAAUAAUUAUUAUUAGUAUUAUCAUUGCUAUUGAUAUGAUUAUUAUACUUUGAAAAUUGAUAUAGUCUUCCGAUGUUACACGCUAACCGGCAAUGUCGGUUAUCGAAUUUAGUCGACUGUAAAUUGAAAGAAAGAAAAAAAAACAACAAUUUAUCCGCAUUUUGCACUCUUCGAUUUUAAUGAUGUAAAUUAGCUACUUAGAACGAACGUAUUAUAAAUAGACUUAUAAUUAGUACGGGUACGAAGUUUGUCCCAGUUCAAUACAGACCUGGGAGAUUUGUAUGAAACGAGUGACGUGGUAGAAAAGAGUUGAAAAAAAAAAUCUGAAAUGUACUUAUCCGUAACGUCGAUUGGCGAAUGAUGAAGAAACAGGAAAAAAAGUUAAUGAUAAUUGACAUGCAGACUCAUGAACUUUUCGUUGAACUCAUACUCGACAUUGUUUUUCUCUUCGGUUUUCUGUUUUUCCGAUCGAGCCGAUUUAAAAUAUUUACAACAUUAGGUUGUUUCGGUAUAAUAUUGAUUAAUAAUAUAUUUAAUAAUAUACAUAGAAUAUAACUAUAGUAUUCAUAUACAGUUACGCACUCGUUCGUUGAUUACCAAUCAUUGGAAAAAAGUAAAGUGAAUGAAAAAAAAAUAAAAUAAAAUAAAA